GCCUUUGUUGCAGUUUCGGAGUCGCGCACGCAAGGACGCUACACUCGCGCAAAUCGCUUCCACCGCCUUUCUAGCUACAAAUUUCUAGCCAAGUUCUUGUUCUGUAUAAUAUGUAUGGCUUUGCCCUAUUUUUCCCUGACUUGCUUCAUCAACAAUUCAUCCAGUUUUUCUCGUAUGUAUGGCUGCAAAUAUCGAUAUCAGUAUCUACUCCUGUAGUUGCUGUUCGUUGUUUCAGUUUCUGUUCUGAGUUGUAUCACUGAGAUUAGUUGUUCCUGUCCUGAGUUGUAUCACUGAGAUUAUCUGUAGUAUCUCGACGACACGGACCUUCUUUUUCCAACACCGACUUUUGCUAAGAGGUCUUUCUUCUAAUUCAUCCUUGAAUACUUCUCACAACCACGCUGCAAUAAAAUGGGCAAGCCGGGCAAGAAAGGAAGCCAGAAGGGGGUCAUCAAAUCCAAUGACAAGCCCCGCCACGGAAAGGGCAGCUCGCAGCCCGUCGGCGAAGUGAAGAUGAUCGAAAAGCGUAUGGACCCAAGUGAUGGCAAUGGUCCCUUUACACACGCAAGCUUUUUGAAGUACCACGGCGAAGAGAAGGGUCAGCAGUUGUGGGAUGAGGCACGUAAGAAGUGUGAUGCGUUUUCGUUGCAUUCGACACGGAAGCUGUACCUUUCUCCACCUGUUCCUUCAAGUGGAACGAACAACAAGAAUACUAUGAUGACAUGCACAUACUUCACCCUUUCCCUCUCCCACCUUGUUUUGUUUGGCAUUGUUGCAACCUUCGCUCUUCCUUGUUUGUUUUCCGAUGUUUUUUCUUCCCGUGGUUCUCCUGCCUCCUUGCUUGCCCAAUUCGCCCUGCUCGUCUUUGGAAUUGUAGAUAUUGAGUCACUGCUGAGGAACUAGAACAAGUGAAACUGGAGCAGGAGCUAAAGACUCGCUACAAUUUCGCAAAAAUAAAACAAACCAAAAUAAAAACAGUGGAGUCCUCGCAAAUGGUGGAGGCCAAGCGCAAGCUGAAGGGUCCGGGGAAGGGGAAGAAGCAGGGCGGGCCCGAGUCGAAGAAGCAGGAGAAUGCGUCGGCGUCCGCUGCCCCAAAACAGGGCGAGCAGAAGAAGGGUGGAAAGAACGAUGGAAGCAAGAAAAACAAAGGGGAGGGAAAGGCGAAGCCGAUGAAACAGCCCGCGUUGGAAGUUGCCAAGAGUCUGAGUUCCAUGAAGAAGAAGGGUGGAAAGGGCGGCGCGGAGCAGAGCGGCCCCGCUCCGAUGAAAAAGGAAAAGCGCAUCGACCCGAGCGACGGAAAUGGGCCUUUCACGAAAGGUAUACUUGAAUCAAAUAUUAUAAAGGCACUGGCGCAGUAGAAGUAGCAGUUGCAGCAUGUGCAUAGCGCACCUUGCAGUAAUGGUUUGAAAUGAAAAAGUCAUUCUGUUUCAUAGAAGAAACAGAAGGAACCCGUGGCGGUGGCCUUAGUAGUAUGUAAUGUUACAUGGCGCGUAGCGAUUUCCUGUGUCAACAUGCUUUUUGAUGUUAUCGCGAUGAAAAACGACUACGUCUACGACACCACAGAAUCCUUCAUCAAGUACCACGGCGAAAAGAAAGGGCUGCAGCUCUGGAACCAGGCCGCCCCCGGCAGCGCGGGCCCUAACGCAAACAAUCCCUUUAACUAACCUCGUUUUUUUUUCGAUUUGCGAAGCACAGACGCAGGCUGCGGGUCUUUCAUUCUCUUUCUGCUGAGCUAGUGAUGACGAUGACCAUCAGAAGAAUGAACCGGUAUCACGGCGAAUUAUGGGUCUAAUUGAUGAUGGGGGUAUCAUCAUCAAGAAAGCCUGCUGUGUUGAUUUGAGUCUCCGAUCUGUAAAAGCGAUUUUCUUUCGACUACAAGCGACUAUCAAGACUGAUGAAGAUCUGCUGGGUUCUAUACUAUCACAACUUCCAUACGGAGCUGACCAACUUCAGCAACAUCUUUGAGCGACUUUUUAUCUUUUAGAUGAAAAAGCAAACCACGUCCAACAUGGCAAUGAAAGGGAGAAAAAGAAGCCCAGCUGCUUGCGCUACGAGC